AUGCGCCCGCUAAAACCCAUCCGCCGAAAUCUCGCAUCCAAAGCAAAACCCACAGCCACUGCAAAAGGCACCAAACAAACCCCCCAACUUGUCGUCCAAGGAGCCAACGCCCUCCCCAUCAACGACCCCGACGCUCCCGUCCCAACCCUCCAGGUCAAAACACUAAAUUUUACUCCACCACAAGAGGUCGAUCCAGGCAGAAUCUGCGGCCUUUUCAGGCUGAGAAUGUGCUACUCGAGCGACCCUGACCUCGUCGAGCGCCGAAACACGUUGGCUGAAUUCCAACGAGCUCUCAUUGUGAAACACAUCCGGGAUAAACCCCCCUGUCAUGAGCGCGUCAAAGCCAUACUUACCGCCUGCAUUAAACUCACAUUCGAAUCUUUCCGGGAUGAUGACGAUGACGAGAAAAGCUCGUGCUCGUCUAGCGAACCCCCCAAAAAUCUGGUCCUGAGGACAGACGUGAAGGUGGAGCGGUAUACCCUGAGCCAAGGCGACGCGUGGCACUUAGUCGCUAACGCGCACCACGUUGUUGCGUAUUCGGAUGAGAGUGGUACAUUGAGGGAUUAUCUGGUUGUUGGGGUUGCAGAGAAGGAUGGGACGGGUAGGGCUGGGGUGAUGAAUUCUUCUGUGCUGGCGUAUAUGGCUAUUGUCCAUACGAGCCUGAAGGACCGGCAGGAGGAUAAUUCGGUGGUUCGCCGCUACCCCAAGAUCGGGCUAUCGAGGGACAUUGAGGGGUAA